GACAGUUUUGACUAGUUUUGAGUCCCCACCAAGGGCUUUAGAAUAGAAAAUUUAAAAUAAAUAAAGUAUAGCUUAACUAAUACGUAUAGCAAUCCAAUAGUAAAGUAAUAUCAGAGAAUGUAAUAUAGGUACCAAUUAAAUAGAUAUGAAUAUACAUAAAUUUUUAACAAUAAUUAUUGGUCGUAAACUUGACAAUAAGUAUUGCCUACAUUAACCCAAAUUAAAACUGAAUCAUAAAAUUAAUUCCCAUAUUAUUUACUGUGUUGGAUUUUGUCUUCAAUGCGCGAAUUUUCAACUAAAUAUCAUCAUGGUAUCGCACGGGAAAAAGACAUCUGCUGAAUGGUUUAUAGACCAGUUAAAUGUGGAUAACGCUAAACGUUUAGCAUUUGUGCUGGUGAUAGGCUUUAUUGGAUAUCAUGGAAUUCUACAUUUGAGAUAUGGCUCUGACUCUUGCACUUGGUUGUUGACAUCAGGCCGAUAUAAAGGUGAUCAUGAAUGGCAACCUUAUGGUUGUAUGUUGCAUCGGUAUUCCAAAACGGAUGCACGCCGCUGUUUAAGAUAUUUAGCUUUCUGGGGAAAGUACAACAGUUUUGCUUUUAUUGGUGAUUCAAGAAUUGAACAACUUUAUGAAUAUUUUAUAGGUCUUCUAAAAAGUCGUCUUGACACGGACCCUGCAUACUCAGUGACUGAGCAUCGGAUGCCAAACUACACAUACAUAGAUCGGAAGCUGAGGUUAUCUGUGACAUUUGUAUACAGUGAUGAUGUAUCCAAGACCAUGGUCGAUCAGUUUAGAACAUGGCAGCGCUCGGACCAGCCACCUUCUUUGAUAGUGGCGUCGACCGGACUACGACUGCUCCGCACGCGGAACACAACAACCUCCCUCCUAGAGGAAUACCAGAGGAACCUCACGCGACUGGUCCAAGCCAUAGAUUCCCUCGCGGCGCGGAACACCCAGGUGCUGUGGAAACUCAUGGAGCCGGUUGAUGCAGAGAAGUUGAAGAACGAAAACAAGAAGAUAACUAAUGCUAAUAUCGACGCUUAUAACCGCGCGGCCGUACAGAUCCUGACGCACAGCGCGGCCAAGGUGUGGGAGUCGGCGCGGCUGAUGUGGUCGGCGGCGCAGUCCCCCGAGGGCGCGGCGCUGGGCGGCACGGCGUUGCGACACUCGGCGCAGGUGCUGCUCAACAUGUUCUGCAACGACCACAUGAACUUCAACGACGGCAGCUGCUGCGCGCAGCCGGAGCCGCACUCGCAGCUGCAGGUGCUCACCUUUGCCGUUUUUUUCGCGUGCGCAGCUUUAGCCGGACUGAAGAGCGCGUGGCACUGGUCGCAGACCGUGCGGCAGCGGCUGGGGGGCUACGCCCUCGUGAGCCAGCAGCCGCCCCCCAGCGAGGAGCCCUCGCCGCUAGUCGCCAUUGCAAAGCUCGGGAUGAUCAUGUCGUACUUUUAUUUGUGCGACAGAACAAAUUUCUUCAUGAAGGAGAAUAAGUAUUAUUCGGAGUGGAGCUUCUGGUUGCCCGUGGGCUACGUGUUCGCUCUGGGCCUGUUCUUUACCGAAGACUCCAAAUCUACUAGAGUUCUCCACCGCGAACAGACGCUGGAGUGGAAAGGCUGGAUGCAAAUCGUGAUCCUCAUAUACCAGGUGACCGGAGCCAGCAAGGUCCUCCCCAUCUACAUGCUGGUCCGGACGCUCGUCUCCUCGUAUCUGUUCCUGACGGGCUACGGGCACUUCUACUACACGUGGAAGACCGGAGACACGAGCCUCGUGCGAUACUUGAGGGUGAUGUUCAGGUUGAACUUUCUGACUGUGGUCCUCUGUCUGACGAUGAACCGGCCCUACCAGUUCUACAGCUUCGUGCCCCUGGUCUCAUUCUGGUAUACUUUGAUGUUUGUGAUAUUCGCUCUGCCGCCGCACAUCGCGCCCUCCUCGACGCACACGGUGGAGUCCAAGCCGUACCAGUACCUCUAUAUCGCUGCUAAGAUCAUCGGCCUGCUGGUGAUAGUGACCGUGCUGUACCUGAGCGAGGUGUUCUUCCAGAAGAUCUUUGUGACGAGGCCGUGGAAGGCCUUGUUCGUUAAUUCCGACGACGACAUACAUCAGUGGUGGCUCAUGUGGAAGCAGGACAGGUACUCGGUGGCGUACGGCAUGAUGUUCGCACUGCUGUACCUGCUGGGGCAGCGGCACGGGCUGCUGGAGGAGGGCGCGCGCGGGCCGCUGGUGGCGGGCGGCGGCGCGCUGGCGGGCGCGCUGCUGGCGGCGCUGGGGCUGGGCGCGUACGGGCUGCUGGUGGCGCUGUGCAGCAGCCCGGCCGCGUGCGACGAGAUCCACAGCUACGCGGCGUGCGUGCCGCUGGCGUCCUACGCGGCGCUGCGCAACCUGUGCGGCGGCCCGCGCGCCAAGCACUCGGCGCUGUUCGCGGCGGCGGGGCGCGUGGCGCUGGAGCUGUACGCCAGCGUGUCGCACGCGUGGCUGGCGGCCGACACGCACGGCGUGCUCGUGCUGCUGCCCGCGGCCCCCGGCCUCAAUCUGCUGCUCACCUCGUACGUGUUCGCGUGCGCCGCGCACGAGACGCACCGCCUCACGCUGCUGCUGCUGCCCCGGGCCGUGCCCGACGACUGGCGCCUCGUGCUGCGGAACCUCGCCAUCUUCCUCGCCGUGCUCGUGCCCAUCGGAAUGUACGACGGUAUGUUCUGAACCCAUCCUCGUUAAGUACGGCUACUUGUAUUUAAUUGUAUAAAAGUGCAGCCUCUCAUCAUUAUUAUUGCGUGACCAUAAACAAUUUUGAAAUAAUAACAAAUUUAUUUUUGAAUGUCAAACUUAAUAACAUACACUUGAAACAUGCAGAAGUCUAACUUCUUGGACGGGAGAGAGGAAACUACCGUGCUGUUUUUGACAAAAGCAUUGUAAUUUUUUUCUUAUCAAAUCUGUGUUUUUAUUAUACGAGUUUUUUACACAUACGUAUAAAAAAAGCCAAAGAAAAAGCAUAUGAAUGCUUAAUUACUAUUUUUGUGAAACUUUAGUCACACAAUUAAACAUAAAUAAUUACAAUUAAGAACUUGCAGUUCACUUGUUGUGUGUUCUCACCUCAAAUGACGUCACACGUAACGUAACGAAGUUCAAUAACGUUCAGACGAGCUUCGAUAAGCUCGCGCAAGAAUUUUGUAAUAAGCGUGUCCUCAUCCAGGUCCGUAUUAGUGUAGAAUGAACAACGAGUGUAAUAUUUAGCUUAGUCUGCAGAUUCGUUUUUUAAAUUUAAAUAUAUUUGUGUACUUAAUGCGCUGUUCAUAUGGUUUGUGAUGUGAUAAUAUUGUUUCAUCAAUAUGUCAUAUCUGCUUUUCAUGCAAUUCGCUCUUAUCUAUGUGCUGCUCUGUAUUUUUGAAGUUUACUCUUGAAGCAUGCAAUGUCAUUUAAGCCCACAUACCCAUACAUGCAUAAUACAUAAGAAACAUAAAUGUAUCUACAUACGCAUAAGACAUAAUAUUUGGCGGGUAGUUUGGCGAUUGUUGACAUAAACUAGUUAUGUUUUUCAUUCAAAUUCAUGUAAUAUUAAUAUACAUGAGUAAAUCAAAGUCGGGUUUGUUCGAACACUUAUAACUCGAGAACGGCAGGACCGAUUUUUAUGGUCUUUGAUUUGUUGUACACAUUUGUCUCCGUCCCGAAUAGCAGAAUAAUGAUAAUAACAAAAAAAACAAAAAAAUUUAUAGAAAAAAUAUUUCCCAUACAAAAUGUUCAUGGAUUUUGUUACUGUCAAAUAUUUAAUGUGUAAUGUUGUAAAUAAUAAUGUAUUCUACAAAGUCGUAGUACAUUAUUUUAUUCUAUCAUCAAUAGUUUUCGCAGGGCACGCGAUA